CCUCUCACCUUUGGACGCGGCGGCCGAGUGCUGAGAGCGCGCACCAGUGUUGGUAAACACGCACACCCGGGCACACACACAACUCCAUCAGGGCUCCACGAUGAUUCGGUUGGUGAUGGCCCUCGUGCUUGUGCACGCCUGUGCGGCGGUGAUCGUCAACCCGCGCACCGGCGAGGUCGGAAAUCGGGACUUCCUGAAGGGCAGGACCUUUGCCCCAGCACCGGUCACCCAAGCCCCCGUCAACCCCCACGCCAAACAGUACAAAGUCAAGGAAGAACCGCAAGAGCCCACCACUUACAGACCCCCAGCAUUUUACGUCGACCCGAGAACAAAGCAAUUGGUUAAUUUCAAGUGGCUCGACAAAGAGAGGCUGGUGUUGCCGUCCAAGUGGAGUUCGAACGCCAACUCGUUGGAUCACUUGACCCGCGGCCACAUCAAGCAACAGUACCAAUACAUUUACUUUUACUACUAGAAGAGCACCAACACAUACAUCGCGCCUCAUCCAACUGAUUUUUGCUCACACGAGUGAUAUAAAUCAAUUCAUCCAACUGAGACAAACCAAAACUUGUCACAUCACGUCAUUUUUCGCCUAGAUUUUUAUUAUUAUGUAUUUUUACCAAUGUAACGUUAAAUGAUAUUUUUUUUU